UGUAGCUAAUGACAGCCACGAAACGUCAACAGGAAGUAAAGAGGCUAGCUAACACUAGCGUCUACUUGCACUUUGAGCUCUUCAGGUAUGAACUGUUCUUUAGAGAAGGUUCUGGCAGAUGCCAAGUCGUUAGUAGAAAGACUCCGUAACCACGACAAUGCCGCAGAGAUGCUCAUCGAACAGACAACCUCCCUCAACAAGCGGGUGGAGGCCAUGAAGCAGUACCAGGAGGAGAUCGAUUCUCUUAACCAGGUUGCACGACAUCGACCUCGCUCCAGUCUGGUCCUGGGAAUCCAGCAGGAAAACCGCCAGAUCAGGGAACUCCAACAGGAAAACAAAGAGCUCCGAACGUCGUUGGAGGAGCACCAGUCCGCACUGGAGCUCAUCAUGACCAAAUAUAGGGAGCAAGUGUUCAGGCUUCUCAUGGCCAGCAAGAGGGAGGACCCUGCCAUCGUCACGCAGCUGAAAGAGCAGCACACCACGGAAAUGCAGGCGCACAUAGACAAAAUAAACGAGAUGGCCUCGGUGAUGAGGAAGGCGAUAGAGGUGGACGAGGGCCGGGUUUGUGAAGACGAGGAGAGGAUUAAACAGCUGGAGCUGGAGAACAGCGGACUCCGAGAGCUGCUGGGAAUCAGUCGUGAGGCUUUCCUCGUCCUAAAGAGAGAAGAGGCCUCAGAGAACACAUCGCUGUCUCCGCUGCUGACCAGCGCCGACGUCAGCCUGCGGAAGAGCUAGAGCCGCCGUUCCACCCACAGACUCCUCAAGGCGAAGCCGCAUGUCGCCACCGGAGCCCCGUCUCCGUCUGCUGUCGCUGUAAUGUUUUGCUUUCUUGUGUCAGUGUGGAGCCUGCGUCGUUUUAAAGUAUGAAUGAGUGACAGAAUUAUAUAAAUAAAUCCACAGUGGUCAAACCGUG